AUGAUGUUAUUCUAGAGUACAUAUAUAUUUAUGACUAAAAUGUAGAUUAGGUUAUUUAGUAGAACCAAGUAUCUAAUAUUGUUGAAAAUCAUUUUGAUUCGAAGAUGUUGAAAAAAGGAAAUCGAUUCAAAUCAAUGCUUCAACUAAUAUUUUAUACCUAAUGA